AUGCGAUGCGCGAGCAAGGCCGCCGAGAGCACGUCCGCAUGUCUCUGUGCGGACGCCGAAGUAGAGACCGCAGCAACUGAUGUCUCAUCGGUUGCUGAAGCGACCCAGCCUGUGUCACUUGGUGAUGCAGGCGCUGGUCAUGAAGACACUCAUGUCUUCACAGAGUACGAGCUCGGUGUCUCGUACUCUCCUGAUACGGAAGACGGAUCCGUAUCGACGGCGAUCGAAACCAAGCCGCCUGCCAAGCGUGGCAUGGAUGAUGCUUUGCGUCGUAGCAUCUUUGGUUCAUCUGAUGAAUCAGAUGAACCAUCGUCAAAGUGA